AGUACAAUAAUUGAUACCUAUUCCAUCAAACAUGAUUGUAUAUUGAUAUAUAUACACUUUACUUCGAACUUACUUGAAUGAGACUCGCUUUGACAGAAUGAAGAAUCCCUUUUGCUAAGAAAGAGGAAACAGUAGUGGUUACAACCUAAACAAUAUGAAGAAAUAACCAAGAACACCACAAGAAGGCCACGCAGAAGCUUUUGAAUUAAACUUCUCCUUAAGAGUUGUUAUAUAUAAUGUUAGAAAGAGAGUUAAAAAUAUAAUAGAAUCAAAUAUUUGAAGCAUAAACAAAUUUCAGAUUAUCAGUUGCAUUGUUUCUUCACAACAUGUUGGCUUCACUUCCUACUUCAAAAAUUCCUAACAAGCCCCGUCUUCGUUCAUUAUCCUCUUGCGAUCCACCUGCACUAGUGGUCGAUAUCCCCACUUCUGAGCUGAUCAGAAAGCCCAGAAGGCGAUGGCGCUAUGCUUUUGCAGUAAUCUAUUCUACCCGCGCUCUGCUUUCCCUUGCCAAGGGAAUUGUAGUUCAUGCAAGUCAUACCAUCCUCGACAUCAAUCCAAGAAUUGAAUAUUGCAGUUUAAGCAAUCAAAAUGAUCACCACUACCAUGUGGAACCAGCCAGCCUAGUGAAGAUGGUGAAGGAGAAGAAUUUUGAUCUUCUUCAUCAGCUAGGAGGAGUACAAGGCAUUGCGGCAAAUCUUGAAAGUCAUGUUGAUAAAGGUAUCCGUGGGGAUGGUGAAGAUGUGAGAAGGCGACGCGAGGCCUUUGGUUCAAACACUUACCACAAGCCACCUCCAAAGAGCUUUCUUCAUUUCUUUUUGGAAGCCUUUAAAGAUGCCACUAUUAUUAUCCUUCUGGUAUGUGCAACUCUCUCUCUUGCUUUUGGCAUUAAAGAAAAUGGGAUAAAACAGGGUUGGUAUGACGGCUCGAGCAUUCUUUUCGCUGUCCUUUUGGUGGUUGUUGUAUCAGCAGUGACCAACUUCAGGCAAUCAAGACAAUUUGAUGAAUUGUCCAAGGUUAGUAACAAUAUCAAAGUUGAAGUCACAAGAAAUGGGAGGCCUCAACAAAUCUCCAUAUUUGAUAUUUUAGUUGGAGAUGUGGUGAAUUUGAAGAUUGGAGAUCAAAUUCCAGCUGAUGGGUUGUUCUUGUAUGGCCAUUCCUUACAAGUAGAUGAAUCAAGCAUGACAGGAGAGAGCAACCACGUCGAAAUUGAUGAGAAUGUCAAUCCAUUCUUAUUUUCUGGAGCCAAGAUAGCGAAUGGGUAUGCCCAGAUGGUUGUCACAGCAGCGGGGAUGAACACUUUGUGGGGUGAGAUGAUGAGCUCCAUAAGCCAUGACUCGAAAGAGCAAACUGCAUUGCAAUCAAGACUCAACAAAUUAACUUCCUCUAUCGGAAAGGUUGGUUUGGUUGUUGCUUUUCUUGUUCUUCUUGUGCUGCUAAUUCGUUACUUCACAGGGAAUACCGAAGAUAAGAAUGGAAAUCGUGAAUUCAAUGGCAAAAGUACCAAAUUUGAUGAUAUUAUGAAUGCCGUGGUACGUAUUAUAGCAGCCGCGGUGACAAUUAUUGUUGUAGCGAUUCCUGAAGGUUUGCCGUUGGCAGUGACACUCACUUUGGCCUAUUCCAUGAAAAGAAUGAUGGCUGAUCAAGCAAUGGUUAGGAAACUCUCGGCAUGUGAAACAAUGGGCUCAGCAACCAUCAUUUGCACUGACAAAACUGGUACACUUACCAUGAAUAAAAUGAAGGUGACUAAAUUUGUGCUAGGCAAAGAUCACAUUACAGGCAAUUUUAGGGACAUAGUAUCCCUUAAUGCUCUUGAAUUGCUCUACCAAGGAGUGAGUCAGAACACUACAGCUAGUCUUUACAAAGCCACUGAAGGGUCUGAGCCUGAAUUCUCGGGUAGUCCAACUGAGAAAGCUAUCCUUUCUUGGGCUGUCCAAGAAUUAGACAUGGACAUUGAAGAAUUGAAAAAAAAUUAUGUCAUCCUCCAUGUGGAGACCUUCAAUUCGCAGAAGAAACGAAGUGGGGUUCUGAUAAAAAGUAAGAUUGACAACACUUUCCAUGUCCACUGGAAAGGAGCUGCUGAAAUGAUACUAGCCAUGUGUUCAAGCUUCUACGACAAGUCUGGCAACAUCAAAGCCAUGGAUGAUGGUGAAAGAGGGGAAAUCAAGCAAAUAAUUGAAGGUAUGGCUGCAGAAACCCUUCGAUGUAUUGCAUUUGCUCAUAAAAAAAUUAUAGAGCCAGAGUCACAUUCAACGGAUGAUGGCAAGUCACAUAUAAAAUUAAAUGAAGACAGCUUGAUUUUCUUAGGCAUAGUGGGUUUGAAGGACCCAUGUAGGCCUGGGGUGAGAGGAGCUGUUCAAGUCUGCAGAAAAGCUGGAGUGAACAUAAAGAUGAUCACUGGUGACAAUAUUUUCACUGCAAGAGCAAUAGCAAUUGAAUGUGGGAUACUUGAAUCAGAUCAAAGCAUGCAUGACAGGGAAGUAGUAGAAGGUGUAGAAUUUCGAAACUUUACCUCCGAUGAGAGGAUGGACUGGGUUGAAAAAAUUCGCGUCAUGGCAAGAUCUUCCCCACUUGAUAAGCUUCUAAUGGUACAGUGCUUGAAGCAGAAAGGCCAUGUUGUCGCAGUCACAGGGGAUGGCACAAAUGAUGCGCCAGCUCUAAAAGAAGCCGAUGUUGGACUGUCUAUGGGCAUUCAAGGCACUGAAGUGGCUAAGGAGAGCUCAGACAUUGUCAUUUUGGAUGACAACUUCACUUCAGUAGUGACAGUUUUGAAGUGGGGGAGAUGCGUGUAUAACAAUAUCCAAAAGUUCAUCCAAUUUCAGCUCACUGUCAAUGUCGCUGCCCUUGUGAUCAACUUGGUUGCAGCAUGUUCUGCUGGUGAAGUCCCACUAACAGCAGUCCAAUUGUUGUGGGUUAAUCUGAUCAUGGACACAUUGGGGGCUCUAGCUCUGGCCACAGGGAGACCAACUGACGAACUCAUGGAGAAGAAGCCGGUGGGUCGAGUUGAGCCACUUGUGACCAAUAUCAUGUGGAGGAACCUCAUUUCUCAAGCACUCUAUCAAAUCUUGAUCCUCUUGAUAUUUCAAUUCAAAGGUCAGUCUAUCUUCAAUGUGAGCGUAGAGGUAAAGAACACCCUUAUCUUCAACACAUUUGUUCUUUGCCAAAUCUUCAAUGAGUUUAAUGCUAGGAAGAUGGAGAAGAAAAAUGUCUUCAAAGGGAUACACAAGAACAGGUUAUUUCUCUGGAUUGUGGCGAUUACUGUUGUUCUUCAAGUUAUAAUGGUGGAGCUUUUACAGAAAUUUGCAAAUACAAAAAGGUUGAAUUGGCUGCAAUGGGGUUUGUGUAUUGGAUUAGCAUCUAUGUCUUGGCCACUUGCUUGGGUUGUGAAGUGCAUACCAGUUCCUGAAAAACCAUUUCUUACCUCUGUAAAAGGGAAGCUCUUGAGAAGUCCAAUUUAGACGUGUAUAUAUAUAUACAUAUAUUGUGUUUGUGUGUGUUUGUUAGAGAAUGUUUGCAAGUAUUCAUUAAUAAGAUGAAAUGUAAUUGAUAUAUCUAUAUAAAUAUAUAUAUACAUAACAUGUAUAAUCAA